CAUAUGCUACCGAGACCUGGACAUUUCAAUCGCAAGCAACACAUAGCACUGUGCCUGGGCUGAACAACAGCGACAGCAAUAGCAAAAGCAACAGCAAAAGCGACCAUUAUCCAUCGACAGAAGGAGGAGAGCAAGGAGAAGAAGGAGAAGGAGAACAAGGAGAAAGAAGAAGACUCCACAAUGAAAGCAUUCCGCCUGCUGUCCACAAUCCUCAUCGCCAGCGUCGCCGCCGCCAUCCAGCUCCCCGACCUGCAGCCAUUCCUCGCAGCCCUCCCGAACGUCCUCCAGGACCUCGCUUCUUCCCAAACGCUGCAGAACGAAACAGCGCACGAGCUCUUGAAGCGGCAAUCAAAUGGCUGUCCCAACAACUUCCGCUCUUGCAGCAAUCUAGGUGCACCCAGCCUCUGCUGCAUAUCCAAUGCGGUUUGUAGUGCCGAUACCGCCGGACACGUCGCGUGCUGUCCCUCGGGCGCCGCCUGCACGGGCACGAUUGCGGGAGUCAUUACCGCGGGGACUGUAAACAGUAAUGGGGCGCUGGUGACAGGCACCACAUCUGGCGCACUAGCAGCCACGGGGCUUACCACGCCCACCACCACGUCUUUGCAGAUGUACACCACUUCUGCGAGUAAUGGGCUGGUUCUCGCAUCAUCGACCACCGAUACUGCUGGGGACGGUGGCUUCAUCGUCGCAGGGACCAGCACGGUAGCGACUCCAGGAAGUGCUGCGAUGCGCAAUGCAGAAAUCCCCCUGAUUGCAAAAUGCAUUUUACGACUCCUUGACCUUCUGCCGCUGUAAAGCAUGGCGGUACACGACCGAGCAAUCACGACCAGAUUCACGACCGUACAGACGACCCACACAGCACCAUAGCGAGCGUAGCCAAUGAGCAUUGAGCAAUUUGAAGCAGUUCCGUUUCCCACAGAUAGAUACAUACCCCCCGGUUUUCCAAGUUGAAAUUGCUUUAAUAGGUAUCGACUUCAAUAACUUCAGCCGAUCAAGCUGCGUCAAAGGCAUUGCACUAUAUGGG